AUGCUUGUGGCCCUGACCUCGCGCAACCUAACCACGGGCGACACCCUGACGCCACCCAACUACAUCACUAGCCCCUCCGGCGACUUCACCUUUGGUUUCCGCGCCCUCGACUCCAAUGCAUCCAGCUCCUUCCUCCUAGCAAUAUGGCUUCGCUUUGACGGCACGGUCGUGUGGUUUGCCACAGAUGGGGGCUCAGGUUCCGCUGUGAUCGCCACAGGCCAAUCCGUUCUGAGACUCACUGCCGCUGGCCAGCUCUCCCUAGCUAUUCCCGGCAACAACAAUGCCUUGUGGAACCCUUAUACAGACCCUAACCAAAACUGUGGCUCCUUUCUCGUGUUACAAGACAACGGGAACCUCCAAUUUAUUGGUGCCGAUGGUAGUACCGUUGUCUGGGAAAGCUUUGGACACCCCACAGAUACUCUACUCCCGGGCCAGUUCAUGCGCCCUGGAACAAAUCUUCGGUCUAGGGUCACGGACACGGACUUUUCCCUCGGUCGUUUCAGUUUAAAUGUGCAAGGAGAUGGAAACAUCGUCUUGUACAUGAUGGACCUGCCUGGAGAUUCUCGCCCCGUCAACGCCUACUGGAACACCGGUACCUGUUGUGUUGAAAAUGGCAACACAACCCUUUUCUUCGACGUCGAGCCUGUUGGGCACCUCUACUACAUUCUCACGGAUGGCAGUAAGCAUAACUUGACAGCCCAGCUCUUACAUUCCACUACUAGGUUCUACCAGCAUGCCACGCUCGACCCAGAUGGCAUUUUCCGUGUCUACAUCCUCCCCAAGAACACCAACGGCACCGGCACAUGGUCCGUCGUGAACAUGUUCCCAACUGAUGGCUGCGAAACGGUGGUCAACGGUUUGCAUGGUUUUUGUGGACCGAAUUCAUACUGUAUAAACCGUACUAAUAAGCGCCUCGACUGUGAGUGUCCAAGUGGCUACAUCUUCUUUGACACUCAAUUUAGGUACAAGGGUUGCAUUCCAUCAUUCGUCCCGGACGUUUGCGAUGGGAAGAGCCAUUCUUCUGAGUUCAAGCUCGUGGAGUUGUCCGGUAUGGAGUGGGUAAACUCAAUAUACUACAAGUUGCACCAAUCAAUCACAGAGGAGCAAUGUCGAGACUUGUGCUUGAACAAUUGCUUAUGUGCAGCUGCAUUGUUCGAUGGAAAUAACUGCAAAGAGACCAGUAUGCUCACAACUGGGUGGCAAAAAAAUGGCACAGCCACGAGGACACUGAUAAAAGUGCGGACAAAAGGACCUCCUCUUCGGAUACUACCUUAUGCACUCAUUGCUUGUUUAGCCAUGUUAUUGUUGGCCACUACUUGCAUCCUCCUAGUGCAUUGCUACAUCACUAAGAAAGCAAGAAAGAACUAUUUGAGCACGAGGGUUUUCACUCGCAAGGAGCUUUACCGAGCAACCAAUGGCUUCAGCAAGUUGUUGGGCCAAGGGGGCUUUGGCAAAGUUUAUCAUGGCAUUGUUAAGUCUCUACAACCACCUGAUGUAGCAGUGAAAGAACUCAAGAGCGGAGAUGAUGAGUACAAGGAGAUCGAGUUCGAGAAUGAGGUGCAGUCAAUUGGUCGAAUCAACCACAAGAACCUGGUCCGAAUGGUUGGGUACUGUAAGGAAGGGGUGCACCGAAUGCUCGUGUUCGAGUUCAUGUCGGGAGGCUCCCUUGGUGAGUUCCUCUUCAAGUCCGAGAGGCCGUCUUGGAGCUGGCGUGUUGAGGCUGCAAUAGCCAUUGCGAGGGGGCUGGAAUACCUACACUACGGGUGCACCUCCCAAAUCAUCCACUGCGACAUCAAACCUGACAACAUACUGCUGGAUGGCAACUAUGCCCCGAAGAUAACGGACUUUGGGAUUGCCAGGCUCCUCGGCAACAACAAGGUGAAGCAAACAAUCACUCAUGUUCGAGGUACGUUAGGCUAUCUUGCACCGGAGUGGUUCAACAAUGAGAGGAAGGUGGACAGCAAGGUGGACGUGUUCAGUUUCGGCAUUGUGCUUCUAGAGAUGAUCUGCUGCAAGAAGCACCCGGACCAGGAUGGGCCGCGACGUGAUGACGACCACUCGGACCUAGGCAUGGCUGUGACGCUAAGAGCCUGGGUAGCGGACCUGAUUAGAGAAGGCAACAUUGAGCGUAUUGUGCAGGGAGACAACGACGCCCUACAGGACUUGCAGAGGGUGGAGAGGUUCGCGCGCGUCGCGAUUUGGUGCGUGCAGGUGGAUCCAUCGUCGAGGCCAACGAUGCGGAACGUGGUGUGGAUGCUAGAGGGUGCCGUGGAUGUUGACCCUCUACCCGACCCUCCAAGGACUCUCGACUUCUCUGCGACGAUCCUCUCCGCUAGCAGCGGCACUGGAAGCGGAACCCAUGAUUAUUCCAGUAGUAUGACUGAGUGA